AUGCGCGCGCAACUGCUUUCUCGAGCCUUGCUAGCGGCGCUCUUUGGCAUUUGCGUUGCCUUGAAUAUCGGUACUGAGAGCCAAGCCAUCGACCGCGACGACUCGAGCCUUGGAAUACCAGCAACCACGACUAUCCAUCAUCGCGACGACUUCUCCCUGCCAACAAGACGUGGCCGUGGAAGACGUGAAAUCAAUAGGAUAGAAACAGACUCCGAGCAACCGAAACUAGUGCCUCACCAAGCCGACAAUGUGGCGAAAAUGGAAGAUACCUCUGAUGGGACCACCGAGCCUACGUGCCCUCCUCAUAAAGUCUGCCUCGCGCCAGGCAUACUAGCCGUCAUCAUCAUCUUUUCAUGCCUCGGCUCGUUGCUGUUCAUUAGAGUUCCCAUAUUUGCCAUAUUGUUUUGCACGGUGUGGAAUUCAUUUUGGGACCAUUGA